UUGUGCUGGGAAUUGCGCCGGUGUUUCAGCAGAUAUGAGGCUCACGUAAUAUGUCAUCACGCGGCUCGCUUCGCUCACGCUCCCAGCGCCUUUGACAGAAGUGUGGAAGUGAAUACGACGCCUCUGCGUUACGGCGUUCUCGUGGGAAACACUUACUUUCACCGAGGGUGGCGUCGUCACGGCGUGACCUGACGCUGCUCCCGUCGGAGUUCACGGACUGAAGGUUUGGAGAUCUGCAGAGCAAAACCAUGAGCUCCAGGGUGUGUAAGCACUGCGGCAGCUCGGACAUCGACGUUGACCAGGCGCGUGGCGAUGCCGUCUGCAUGGGCUGCGGCUCCGUUCUGGAGGACAGCAUCAUCGUCUCCGAGGUGGAGUUUGUAGAGACGGGCGGCGGAGGCUCCCUGGCUGUUGGACAGUUUGUGUCUUCAGAAGGUGGUCUUAAAAAUCCAACUUUUGGUGAUGGACACUUCUCAGGGAUGGGGUCAGAGUCCAGAGCUCAGACGUUGCAGAGAGCUAAACAACACAUCAACACCCUGGGCCACCAGCUACAGUUGAACCAGCACUGCCUGGACACGGCCUUCAACUUUUACAAGAUGGCCCUCAAUAAAACCCUGACACGCGGCCGCAAGUCGGAUCACAUCAUGGCUGCCUGCAUCUACCUGGUCUGCCGUACCGAGGGAACGCCUCACAUGCUGCUGGAUCUCAGUGACAUUUUGCAGGUGAAUGUCUUUGUGCUGGGAAAAACCUUCCUCGCGCUGGCCAAGGAACUUUGCAUCAACGCUCCAGCUAUAGACCCAUGUCUUUAUAUACCCCGUUUCACCCAAAUGCUGGAAUUUGGCGAGAAGAGCCGCGAGGUCUCCAUGACGGCACUGCGACUGGUUCAGCGGAUGAAAAGGGACUGGAUGCACACGGGAAGGCGGCCAUCUGGACUCUGUGGAGCAGCUCUUCUUGUUGCUGCUCGUUUGCACGACUUUUGUCGCACCACCAAAGAAAUCGUGAACGUGGUGAAGGUCUGUGAGAGCACGCUGAGGAAAAGGCUGACGGAGUUUGAGGACACGCCCACAAGUCAGUUGACCAUAGAGGAGUUUAUGAGAGUAGAUCUGGACGAGGAGUGUGACCCACCGUGUUUUACAGCCGGACUGAGGAAGAACAAAGACCAGCAGCUGAAACUGGAGCUCCAGAAAAAGAUGGAUGACUUUGAAGAUGAAAUCCAGGAGUUCCAGGAUGAAAUAGAUGCAGAGCUGGAGAGCUGCAGACCCAAGCUGAGAGGAGUUUACGCUGCCUACACCAAGGAAGAUAUCUUAAGUGAUGACGGUAGUUCCUCGUCAUCUAAAGAGGAACCGGACGAAGGCAACGAGCUUCACGCCGUGGCAAAGCACUUUGGUAGAGAACUGGAAGAGCUCACCCUGGAGGCUCUCAUCAAACUAGAAGGGGGAGAGUUAGAGCAGGAGAACCAGGACGAGAAUGUCCCUCAGCGAAAAGGUCCCUCACUGGCUUCCAUACUAGGAAGAAUGUCCUCCUCGUCCUCUCUGGGCCUCUCAGAGACCUUCAGCCACCCUGUUGGGGACAACGUGGAGAACGAUGGCGCUGCUGACAGCGGAGAGCUGGACCUGAGUGGCAUAGAUGACAGUGAGAUCAAUUUGUAUCUGCUAAGUGACAAAGAAGUCCAAAUCAAAACUGCCCUCUGGAUGGCAGAAAAUGCAGACUACCUAAAAGCGCAAAAAGAAAAGGAAGCAAAGAUCCAAAAAGAGAAGGAGCUUGGGAUCUAUAAAGAAAGAAAGCCCAGACGGCCCUCAAAAAAGCACCCUGCCAUCAGAGCCAGCUCUGCUGAUGAGGCCAUUGAGAAGAUGUUGGAGCAGAAGAAGAUAUCCACCAAGAUCAACUACGACGUGUUAAAGGACCUCGUGGUGAAGCCUGGCAGCAGCCCGGCUGAUGUGGGAGAGUCACCGAAGGUGGAGCCGCUGGCCCCUAGGACGCCCACCUGCACCCGCAGACCUGCGCCCAGCAGAACCUCACUGAGCCUCAGCAUGCCGCUCAACUCUCUGGGAAAACGACUGCAGCCGUUCAUCAGCAGACAACCCAAGAAGAAGCUGGCUGUGGAGCAGACUGAAGCCCCUCCCCCCCGAGCAGUGACAGCAGAGGCCCCGCCCAGUGCAGUUGUCGAGAGUGGGCCAGUCCUGUAUGAUGAUGCAGACGAGGAAGAGGACGAAGAGGAGGAGACCUGUGUCAGUGCCAUGGAGCUGCUGGGCGGCGACGGUUAUGGAUGUGACGGGGAUUAUGAUGAUGGGUACUAGCCGCAUCGUCCACCUGGCUCAUCAUUCCCAGCCGGCCUUGGAAUCUGAAGUUUCUUCACUAACAGGAACCCAAAACAAGCUGCUAAGGAUUGGACACAGGAGUAGAAGUUUACAGAACGCCAUGCUGCUUUGCUCCAGUCAGGCUGAAGUUGGAUGACCUGGUGGUCGGAUGGUGGCGGAGCGUGGUUAUAAUGCUGCUCUUUUAACGGCCCACUGGAUCGUUUGCAGGUUGGACUUGCAGGUUUGUGUUUUUUUAACCAGUGGAAACAACCUUUUAGGAAGAUCCUCCUCCAGUGAGGCUGUUCUGGACUUGUUGCUCCUGUACUACAUCUCUCCUGAGAGCUUCCAUCCAGACCUGUGUUGGUUUUGUUUUGUGAUUAGUUGUUCUCAUUACCUUUUGGAUGGAAGUUGAAACGGCCUCUUAGGUUGAAGACAAUGUUCUCCAGGUCCAUCGAGGCACAGGUAUGGCAAAGUUUACAAUUUUGUUUUCUAAUUAUUUGGGAAUGGCCUUCCCCUAUUUACUUUCUGCCGAAGCUGAAAGUAACAUCUGAUUUAGGUUCUACGUUGCUUCCAAUAUCCUUUGGAGGGCUCAGAAAGCUUUCAAAUUAGAAGUUGGAAAUACAUUUUUGUUAAUAUAUUUUGCGUGAUGGAGUUUUGUUAGGGCUGAGAUCUCUUUUUGAAUGAUUGCAUGUUAAGGUUAGGAUUAUUUUUGCUGUAUUGACAGAGCAGUAUUCUUAAAGUGAUGACUGUGAUUAUGUAUGUAUGUAGUACAGUAAAGACAUCACUAACUGGGAAAACAAAUGUUUGGGAGCCGUGCCUUUCUUCAAACGACUAUAAAAUCUCAGGGAGAUGGUGGAGGAGAUCGAUCUUUUCACAGAUUAUCUGUCUCAUGGCAUACUGUCACAACAUGGUGAUCGUUUUAACAAAUAUUUUAAAAAUGUUUUAUUGCAAAGCUACUUACUAUAACUUUCAAUCAUCUGACUCAGCUGAAAAAAAAUCAUAUUUUGUCAAGAUGUGGUUUGACAUGCUUAGUUACAGUGACAUAAAGUUAAAUACUCAUGGUUCACAUUAACUGGGCUGGGCUUUCAGAUCUAAAGGACCAGAUAUUCAACCCAACCAGACAAGAAUAAAGACCAGAAUAGGAGGAAAAAAAUCUUUUCUCAGUGAGUUCUGCUCAAUUAAACUGUUCUAAAAAUUCAAGCUCUUUUUUUAACUCUGGGAAACAGAAGAUUACCAAACUGUACAGGAAAUUAAAUCUAAAAAUUUAUAUAGUCUCAGUCAUUAACUCCUACCCAGAAUAUCCUCCUCAAAUCCGGUCAAAGCCGGAAUUGACUGGAAUUGUUGAAGUGGCUCUCCUGAAAAAAGCCAAAGAGACAGUGUUUGGAAAGAGGAAUACCUCAAAUAUAGCAAUUUUCUUUUCCUACUCUUGUUUGGAAACCCGAGAAUGUUUCGUCUGUGCAGUUGGAAUAAUUUGUCUAAAGCUGUUGAUUAUCAUCAAAUUUUGGUCCAAAAUAGCAGCAAACAUCUGGAGAAGUGACCCAAACCACAAACUCUUUGUUCCAUUCCUCAGCUCAAGCAGAGGGUUCCCAGAGAUCCCGGGACUUUUCCUCCGUCUUUGUGUUGUUUCAGAUCAACCUGCUGUUCCCUCCCCUGUCGCCAGAGGGCAGUGUAUGAAUCAUUCACACUGAGGAUUUGCUGUUGACUGUGCUUUGUCA